CAAAACAACAACAGGCUGGAUUAGCUAGUUGAAUAAAAUCAAUCAUACGCCACAUGCGCAGUGGCGGGCGUGGUGAGAAAAUGCCAGCACUUUGACAACCGAAGGAUUGGCAAGCAGAUGUCUUUAGAAAAGCGGUUAAAAUAAGUCCAGUGAACAGUAAAUGUGCUGCGGCUAAAUUCAAUUAAGAGGAGCCACCGAGUCAUUAGAUAGGUGGUUCUUUAAAUACUCCCAGGGGCUAGUUCGAGGGCAGCCACUUGUGUCUGUUUUGUAUCGAUUUGUGUAAGAAAAACCGUAGAAUCUGCACCCUGUAUGCGAGUACGGCAGGGAAAACAACAGAGCCCUCACGCCCACUAAGUGGUCAAUCUGGAAAAUAAUGCCAAGGUCCACAAUCCACCGGGUCGUCUAACAACGGGCAGUAAUCAAAGAGGUUUGCCACCGGAAAUCGCAACGCGAACAAGAGUUCGAGACCAUGGAUGUGGGUGGACAGGAAACCACCUACGAGCCGCUGGAUGGACGGGGCUCUGGGCGCUCGAGGAGCACCCAUUCCGCGUCUGGGCCCGGACUGAGGCAUCCCGGCAGUAUGGACAGUCCAGAGUUCGACACUCGGGCCCCCAAGGAUCAGCGGCACUCCGUCUACCUGGCCCUCCUGGCAGCGGGCAUAGGCUUUGUUUUGCCCUACAAUAGUUUCAUUAUCGCUGCGGACUACUGGCAGGCGCGUUUUCCGGGUCGUCCUGUGGCCCUGGACAUGUCGAUGACGUACAUCUUCGUGGCCUUCGGCACCGUGCUGAUGAACAACAUAGUGCUGUCGGUGGCUCCGUUCCAGUCGCGGGUGCUGUUCGGCUACAUGAUAUCCUUCACCACGCUGAUCUUCGUGGCCGUCUGCGAGGUGGCCUGGCACAUGUUCGCCUCCAACACCGCCUACCUGGUGAACAUGUCCGCCGUGGCCCUGACCGCCAUCGGGUGCACCGUGCAGCAGUCCAGCUUCUACGGAUUCGCCUCGAUGCUGCCCAAGCAGUACACCCAGGCGGUGAUGGCCGGCGAGAGCAUCGCCGGGUUCCUGGUGUCUUCCAAUCGAGUCGUUACCAAGCUGCUGAUCAACAACGACCGCGUGUCCACGGUCAUCUUCUUUCUCACCUCCACGCUCUACAUACUCUUCAGCUACCUGUUGCACGUGGCCACCAUCAACUCGCCGUUUGUGCGGUUCCACGUGGAGGCCUGCUCGAAGAUAGUCCUCCGGCCGGAUGAGCAGGAGAUAGAUGGCGUUCCAAGUAGUACUCGAUACGGGGUGCUGUCCAUGGACGGCACCCACACCACGACCUCAUCGGUCGGACCUCCAGGCACCGGAAACACCCUGAGUUUUAGCAACCCCGUCUACGAACUGUCCAAUCCGACUGCCGGCGAGAGCAGCAUCGAAGCCUUGGGCCAACUUCCCGAGCUUCCGGCCACACCCCCCGCCCAGGAGCCAACGACGCCCACGACAGUGGCCUUCAAGGUGGAGCACGUCAUCACCCCGCGCCGUUGCCGACCGAGUAAGCUGGGAGACAUCCGCGAGGGAUUCGUGACCCGGUGGCGGGUGGCCCAGGUGAUCUACCCGCACAUGGUGUGCAUCGCCCUCGCCUACUGCGUGACCCUCUCCCUGUAUCCGGGCAUCGAGGUGGAGGUGCAGUCCUGUGCCCUGCGCUCCUGGAUGCCGGUGCUGCUGAUGUUCUGCUUCAACACGUCGGAUGUGGUGGGAAAGAUCCUGGCCGCCAGCCCCUACCCGUGGUCGCGCCGCCAGCUGAUCCUGCUGUCCGGGCUGAGGAUCGUCCUGGUGCCCCUGCUCCUCCUCUGCUGUGCGCCUCGCCAGCGGCCCGUGAUCUCCGGCGAGACGGCGCCCUUUGUCUUCACCAUCGCUCUGGGUAUCACCAAUGGACUAGCCGGCAGCUUGCCCAUGAUGUUGGCCCCGGCAAAGGUGCCGGGGACUUUGAAGGAGGUCACUGGCAAUAUAAUGACCUUGUCGUACAACGUGGGCCUGACGGUGGGCUCCCUGAUUGGAUACGUCUUCGAGAGCAUGCUGGGGCCGCAGCUGGUGAACCCCUGCCCCUCGUACCCCUACGUGCCCGCCUCGAUUAUAGAGCAGUUCCACGGUCACGGGCACGGACAUGGCCACCUGCCGCACUCGCUGCCGCUGACGAGCACCAGCACGAUGAGUCCACCAACCACGGGGGCCACCACGCUGGUGCCCCUCCUGCUCAACACCACGAUGCUCACCCUCGGCAGUUCCAGCUCCACCACCAGCACCGCCAGUCCGGCUCUGGCCACCGUGAUCACCACCACGGCCCUGGCGCUCUACAGCACGGUGGCCACCGGGAGUGCCGAGGUGAUCAACGCCACCAUAUCCUCGAUCGUGUCCACAGUCACCAGCUCGGUGGGCGAUAUCAGCGACGAGAUGACCACAGAUCCCCAAACGCAGGACGCGCUGCUGGAUAGCAUCUAAGGGCAGUCCCCUGAGAUUCGGAAAAGUCAACUCAACAUUCUACACAGCCAUAUCUACGUCAGAAUGAUAAUUUAUACUUUUUAUUGCAAACCUUGGUACUUCAAGAUUCUAAAUCAAUAUCACAGACGAAGAAACCCCCAGUAAUGGUUUAUGAAAUGAUAACCAUAGUUUUCUUAAUAGCUAAUUGUAAAAUGUCUCUAUUUUUCACAUUCGAAACCAGCGGUUUUCGAUUCUUCACACAAAGAGUUGUUUAAGUAUUUCACUUAGUUAAAGUUUUUCCCAACUGACGGUUGCGACAGUUUGAAGUGGCAGUUUGAAAAUAUCAUACUUCAAUAAAUCCAAAAAAUGUAAGGAUAUGUUUAAUUAUACUUAGAGCAAAUGAAGAGCAAACCAAUCUGGAGGUCUGGAUACUUUUUUUUAUCAAUUUUUUAGAGCUUUCAUGUGGCUAAAAUAGAUAAAUGUAAAAUUUUCCGAACACAUUUUAUUAAAGGCUCAAAAUAUAACAAAUGUGAACAAAGAUUCCAGUUAAUAGUAAGCGCAAACUCCUAACUAUAGGCAAUACUACUCCUGUAUGUAUGUACUAAAUACCAUAUAUCUACAACUAUAGGGUGUCUAGGCUAUUUCGCUUUUGGUUUGAUUUCAGCGUCUAGCGUCUAAAGUCUAGGACCCAAUUAUCUAUCUCCGAUAUACUCCAAUCAAGUGCUAUGGAUUCCAAAUUGCAAACCUGUCGACUUCGACUAUAUAGGUGUGAAUGGGUGUCUGUUUAUUUUUGUAAGAGUGAGAAAUGGGUAACUGCAAGUGAAGAAAUUGGUAUUGAACCGACAACAAGAAAGUCCAUCAGUGAAGGAUUAACAAGAGUAAUUAUUUCCAAGGGUUUCCAAGCAAACCAGAAGAUUGUAAGAUAUCUGAGCGUCGGUGCCAUAAGUGUUGUAAGCAUUGUAAGCCUUCAAGUGCAAAAGCUGGUCUUGAACUAAUUUGUUGCUUUUAUAUUUAUUUGGCUAAAUUUGUAAGCAAGAGGGCAAUGGAAGCAUCCGUGUAUCGAUAGAUAAAAUUAAGACAACAGAACCUGCAGAAACAUAAAUAAAUGUUAAUAUAGAAAUAUUUAA